GUAAAUUUGUACCUACAAAAGUAUUUAAAUAUUGUAUGAAAGAAAAACAUUUAGAAAUAAAAAAUAAACCAGAGUGUUUACAUUUAUAGAUUUCGUUGAUAAUAAAUUAUUAAUUGAUAAUAAAUAUAUAGUGUUAUUAAAUGUCACAAUUAAAAUGUUCAUAGAUGCAAUAACUUUCGGUAUUACCAACUGUCAUUUAGUGCUUGUUCAAUUCGAUAUUACGUUACAUUAAAUAAAUAAAUAGUUACGUUGCAUGAUUUCAUUUUUCAUAACCAAAAACAUUGUAAUGGGUACUAUUAAGUGAACAAUAUGAAUGAAAAAGUGUUUUUAAAAUUUUGAGGUUAGCAGGUUCAGGUUAGAUUGGCAAUGUGCUGUGAAACUAUUCGUGGCAUCCGCUUCCAGACUGCAUUUACUUGUCGCUCACAUGUGUCGGUUGUGUGCUGAAAAUAUUUUCAUCUAUUUAUUGUGAAUAUUUAUUAACUUAUUAGUAAAAAUGAAUAUUUCAACGAACGAGGGCAAUCCGAAUACCUUAAAAUUAAUAAUUGCAGCUAAAUUUGCUCAGCAAACUGUUACUGUAAAAACGGUACAACCAAAAGCGAGCUAUUUGGGCCGUUUACCUUCUAUUGAAUUUCCAUCUGGGUUAAUAUUAUUUAGUACCAAUGCAGCAAUGCAGCUCAUAAUACCUUUAUCUGAAGAAUUUAAAAUUGUUAAUAAUAAAUGGUUGGAAUGGGAAAUAUCUCAGUUACAGCCAGCUAUAACACUUUAUGGUAGUACAGGAAUUUACAAAACUUCACAAAAAUCAUGUUUAUGGUCGUUAUUAAAAGAACUUAAUAAUGCAUUAAAAGACAAGCAGUACUUAAUUAAGGGUAAUAAUGACUUAUCAUUGGCAGAUAUAUGUAUUUGGGUAACUCUAUGGUCUACUAUAAUGGUCACAGAAAUUGGGAAUGAAUUAAAUAAAGAAUAUUUAUCAAUUAAAAAUUGGUUAUCCAAUAUAGAAUUGCUUACAGUUAUUCAGGAUUCUAUCAAAGAAUAUAGUUUUGAGAGAGGCUUAAAAGCAAUUUUAAGUAUUGAAGCUGCAUCUUGGUUUCCUGUUAAUGCUAUUUUAAAUUCUAAACCUUCUAAACCGGCUGAUCUUAGUCCAACAAAAGAGAAAGAAAUGGAAGCUGUUAAUCAGGAAGAAAUACGGAAUAUUUCAAAUAAUUGGUCUUCUAAAUCAUAUCCUGAUGUAAAAAAUUUUCCUUAUCCUGUGUUGCCAAAAAAAGGUGAAAAAAAUAUCUUAAUAACAUCAGCAUUACCUUAUGUUAACAAUGUUCCUCAUUUAGGAAACAUUAUUGGUUGUGUUCUUUCUGCCGAUAUUUUUGCCAGUGGUACUGAUGAAUAUGGUACUGCUACAGAAGCUAAAGCUUUGGAAGAAAAAACAACACCUCAGAAUAUUUGUAAUAAAUUUUUUGACAUACAUAAUGAUGUCUAUCGAUGGUUUAAUAUAGGAUUCGACUAUUUUGGUCGUACAACUACACCAGAACAAACAGAAAUUGUGCAGUCAUUUUUUUUGAAAAUUAAAUCAGAAGGAUACAUAUUAAGUGAAAGUGUAGAUCAGCUUUUAUGCGAAUCUUGUGAUAGGUUUCUGGCAGAUAGAUUUGUAGAAGGAACCUGUCCAAGGUGUAAAUAUGAAGAUGCACGUGGUGAUCAAUGUGAUGGAUGUGGUCAUUUAGUGAAUGCAACGGAUCUAAUAUCACCACGAUGUAAAGUGUGUGGCAAUAGGCCUAUUGUUAAAAAGUCGCAACAGUUCUUCUUGGAUUUACCUAAGUUAGAAAACAAGUUAAAAAAAUGGUCCUCAACAGUAGAAAAAGGAUGGUCAAGUGUUGCAAGAGUGGUUGCAAAACCGUGGCUACGUGAUGGACUUAAACCACGAUGUAUAACGAGAGACUUAAAAUGGGGAAUACCCGUUCCGAUAGAAGGGUUUGAAAAUAAAGUAUUUUACGUUUGGUUCGACGCUCCUUUUGGUUAUAUCAGUAUUACAAAAAAAUAUACAAAGGAAUAUCAACAGUGGUGGAAGCCUAAAGAUAUACAAGUUGAUCUAUAUCAAUUUAUGGCAAAGGACAACGUUCCAUUUCAUGCAAUCAUGUUCCCUGCUUACUUAUUAGCAGCUAAUGAAGAUUAUACAUUAUUGAAGCAUUUAAUGGCAACAGAAUAUCUCAAUUAUGAAGAUACAAAAUUUUCUAAAUCGAGAGGUAUUGGAGUGUUUGGUACUGAUGCUAGAGAUACGGGUAUACCAGCUGAUGUUUGGCGAUUUUAUCUUGCAUACGUUAGACCCGAAACGCAAGAUUCAAAUUUUAAUUGGGCAGAUUUAGCAACCAAAAAUAAUAGCGAAUUAUUAAAUAAUUUUGGAAAUUUUGUUAAUAGGGCUUUAGUAUUUGUGGAAAAAUAUUUUGAGUCUAAAAUACCAACAAUAGAACUUCAAGAAGAUGACUUAAUAUUACUAGCAUUGGCUCAACGUGAAUUAUCAUCUUAUAUUCAUGCUUUAGAGCAAGCUAAAUUACGCGAUGGUUUGAAACAUGUUUUAGCGAUUUCAAAGCAUGGAAAUCAAUAUAUGCAAUUCCAAGAGCCAUGGGUGAAAAUCAAGGGAAUUGAUAACGAUAAAAGAAGAGCUGGAACGAUCAUCGGUAUUUGUUGUAACAUGGCAUGCCUUUUAUCAUCUUUAUUGGCUCCAUUCAUGCCAUGUACAGCUCGCGAAUUAAGAUCGCAAUUAGGAUUGCAAACUAACAAUUAUGGCUAUAUCCCUGAUGAUAUUACAAGCAUACUUCCCACAGGACACAAAAUUGGCAAACCAUCUCCUCUGUUUAAAAAGAUAGAGGAAAAAGAUGUAGAAACAUUAAGAAAGAAGUAUGCUGGUAAACAAGAUACUACAAAUAGCGACGAACAUGGUGAUGUCAAGUCUUUAGAUAGUGCAAUCGCAGAACUGGAUAAUAAAGUUAAAGAACUAAAGGCCAAGCACGAUAAAAGCGGAUGGCCAUCUAAGCAAGUUCAGAUUUUCGUAGAUUUAAAAAAUAAACUUUCUGACCUUAUAAGUGAAAAAAAUAACGAACCGAAAAGUAAAAAUCCUGAGAAUUUUGUACCUGAACAAAAUGGAGAUAUUUCAAUGGACGUAGCAAGUUUGGAAGCAGCUAUCACCAAACAGGGCAAUCUUGUACGUCAAUUGAAAGCUAAAGAAGAAAAAUCAGUAUGGCAACCAGAAGUAGAAAAAUUAUUGAAAUUCAAAAAACAAUUAGCAGAUCUCACUGGAACAACUCCAGCUCCGACUGACAAAAAAUCGAAAAAAAAGAAAUAAACAGAUUAUUAAACAAUAUGUAUACAAUUCACAUUAUUAAAACCUAUAAAGGUUUUAUAUAAUAAAUAAUAAUUGUACAUUUUUUAUUAUAACAUACGCACUUUGGAAUAAUACCACAUAGUAUUUUUCACAUUUAAAUAAUGUAAUCUAUAGUUUAUUUAAUAAAAUUAAUUUAUACAUCGAGCAUAAAGUUAUAAAAUUUUAACAAUUUUUGUUAUACGUUUCUUUUUUGACGUAAAAUAAAAAAAUAACAUAAUUCAUUUAAUUAAAACAAAAUUUAUUUUUUAAAAACUAUAUUUUUUUUGGUAAUUAGAGCUUUUUUUGUCUUUACCAUAGUUUUGAUUUGUGGUACAAUAUUUUUCUGAUUACGUUUUUUUACUCGAUUUUCAGAUUCUUUUAUUUGUUUCUGCUUUCUCUGCAUUAUGUGAAAAACUAUAUUCUCCAUAAAACAAAUGACAGCUGAUAAAAUAAUGCCAAAACAUAAGACAAGUAUAAUUGGUAUCAUUUCAUGUAUUGUCACACUUGAUACGUAAUGCUUAUCUUUGUUACAAUAAGGUUUUCUGUAACUCCAGCGUAACACUUCUCGCUUUCGAAUUCCCGAAGUAUAUAUUCGAAUAAGGCUAUAAUAAUAUAAUUACUAAUUCAAUUGGAAAAAUAUACAGUACACAC